AUAUCGUUUUUCUAAUUUACGCAGGUCAAGUAAAAAUGACUUUACCACGGCUAAAGAAAAAAGCAACGAUUUAAUCAGUUUUGAUCUCUUAUGAUUAUUUCGAUCAGCCCUUGAGAAGUUUAUACGAAUCUAUUUAUCUUUUUCAUUUCGUAAAGAAUACAAACUGUAAAAUGUUACAUAUCAUCGUUAAGAGGACUUUACCAAAGCAGAACGUCGCAUUAGUUCAUCUUGGAGCACUCGACGCACGUCGUACUUUAUCCGAUCAAAAGCAACCAGAUGCAAACGUACCAGGCCUUAGCGAAAAAUGUUACAAACUUUCUGCAACACCCGUAGGACCCGGUGCAUCCAAAGAUAAAGAAUAUAAAAAUCCAGAGUACUUUUCUUACCACGUAGAUUCGUUCGCAGAAGCAGAAGUGGAAUUAGAGAAAUAUAGAUUACCAGCUCCUUCUAAUAAAAAACCUUUCAAGCAAUAAAUAACCAUUUAAAUCUAUAAAAGAAAUGUUAUUGUUAAUGGCAGAAGAAAUCGAAGGAAAUGAGUUUAUAGUUCCCAUUAGAAAACUGUGAUAGAAUGAGAAGUAUUUAAUAAAAAAGAAAAGGAAAAAAGAAAAAAUACAAAUAAACAAGCGAGAUAUGCUCAAAGAACGAGUAAAAA